AUGGAUCCGCUUUGUGGAACCCCGUGUGGUUCAGCCGCUGCGCAACCCCAUGUCGAAGUUACUGAGAUCAAGCCAGAAAUGGUAGGUGCUACUAUGUUCCGCGCUCAUUCUUCUGAAGUGAUGCUGGAACAUUUGGACCAUGCAAUGAUGAUGUCCAGAAGGCCAGAGCAACUGGUGAAGAACCUCAAGAUACAGCAAUCUGUUCUUGAGGCAACACUGGAAGAACUUGAGAAAGCAAUCGUGGACUCACGGUCAGCAACUUCCCAGCUGAAUAUCUCUGUGAACAACGUGCUUCGUGAAGUGCAAGAACUUCCUCCUGGCAAUCCAGUGGUGGUCGAUCCCAAGGUGCUGGGCCCUCUGCCGAAGGUGGAAACAAGAGAGCUUUUGCGGGACAUGCCACUUGAAGAUGGUACGAUGUUGCACAAGAUUUUUGGCCACAAGCCUCGCAGAGCAUCUGACGUCCAACGUCCCAAGAAAGAUGAUAGUUGGUAUAGUUGGUGGCGCUACUUCACUGAACUUUGCAGGAUCAUCGUGGGGCAUCCGUGGUUCGAGUUGUUGAUCUCAGUGGCCAUCAUGGUGAACUCCGUGAUGCUGGGCGUGGAAAGCCAAAUGUCACUGACACGCAGCAAGGAGGACCUUGCCUGGUCCAAGAUUGCCGAGGUUUGUUUUUUGUCGAUUUUCACAGUUGAGAUUCUGCUGAGAUUGACUGCACGUGGAUGGAGAGUUAUAAAGGAUGGAUGGUUUCUAUUUGAUAGUACGCUGGUCCUCAUCGCAUACGUUGAGCAGUUCGUCGAGUUAUUUUCCAGCGGCGGAGAUUCAGGGUAUGCGCAACAGGUGCUAGUCCUUCGAACCACGCGCCUUUUUCGUUUGAUCCGGACGUUUCGAAUGAUAAAGCAGAUCAGAUCUAUUUGGAGAUUGGUGUAUGGUCUUUUUGCAUGUUGCGAGACCAUAAUAUCUACAUUUAUGUUGCUUUUCAUCGUUUUGUAUGUGUUUGGCGUCAUGGGCCUUGAGCUGAUAACCAAAGAUGCGGAGCUUCGAAAAGAUCCGGAGAUCGAUGCCCUGGUCGUCGACAGCUUCAGUUCAAUCCCCCUGGCCAUGAUGACAUUAGUUCGAUUUGUCACGAUGGAUUCUAUAUCUGUAAUCUAUGCGCCUUUGAUAAAGGCAAAGGCAUUGGUACUGGGCUUGUACUUUGGCCUGCUGAUUUGCGUUGUCUCCAUUUCCCUUAUGAACCUUGUUACGGCAGUGAUGGUUGAAGGGGCUCUCGAGCAUGCUCGCCAAGAGAAAGAGGACGAUGCGAAAUUGGCAAAAGCCAGAGCCAAACAAAUGGUUCCGGAGAUUAUCCACCUCUUCGACCAGAUUGAUAUUGAUGGCAGCGGAGAAGUUGACUUAAAGGAGAUGGCCAAGUUUGGGGAGGAUGGACUCGUUCCAGACCUGUUGUUUGAGAAGGCCUCAGUGGACAGCAUGGCCGAUCUGUUCGAAACCCUCGACGUGGAUGGUUCUGGUGUCAUCAGUCGCUACGAAUUUAUCGAAGGUCUUUUGAACCUGUUCCUUCGCGAUGUUCCGGUGCCGGCGCAAAUGACCAUGAAGAUGAUUCGUCAAGUGAGGUCUGACGAUGGUGAACCCGUUGUCGGCCCCUCCGCAUAUUUGCAGACCUUUCUGUCAAGUCCAACGCUACAGGUAUCUCGGCUCCAGACCAAUGUGGAGGAACUUGACAAGACGGCUGAGCGCCAACGAGAGCUCGCCAAGGAAACCAAUCCUGACCGACGGAAGGACAUGGAGAAAGACAUAGAGAUCUUGAAACAGUGGCAGGCAGAAGGGGCAUCAAAAGUAUCUUCUGCCGACAAAUCCACGGCGAUCAAAGCCGUAUCCGGUGGUGAGCAUGCAAAGGUCAAAGAAAAAGAGUCAAGACACACUUUGAAGGCAGAAUCAAAAGGAAAGGCCUCAAAAGAAGAGGCCAAGAUGGUCAAAGAGCCAAAAGAAAAACCAAAGAAGGGCAAGACUUCAACAGAGAAGGCUCAAGAGAAACAAGCCAAGGAACCCAAGCCUGUCACCAAGGCUGAGAAGGCGUCAAAGAAAGCGCCUUCCAAUGAGGUGAAGCAGAAGAGUAAGGGCGACACGGCUAAAGCCGCACCCACGGACAAGCAUGAAGCAGCUCAGGGUAGCACAAAACAAAAAGAGGAGAAAAAGAGCCACACUACAGAGGAAGCUCCUGCCAAGAAAGCAGACAAAUCUGCCGCGCCGGAAAGCACAAAAAGAAAGAAGGACAAGAAGGAGACUGCGGCGAACGUGAAAGAGGCUGAUUGA